GCGAUAAGGCGACGACGGAGAAAGGCAAGGUUGACGACAGAGACUUGAGGAAAUUCCAUCUCACUUCGGUCUACGAUGAGCAGGGCAUCGGCUGGGUCGAUGCCGACAAGAAAGUCAUCCUCGACCUUGCCCUGUUCAAGGGGUACGGUCAGAGGGCGUUCGGUAUGAAACCCGUUGAAGUGAAGGUGGGUGGAAGUGAAUUUCGGAUGCCGACAAGAAAGUCAUCCUCGACCUUGCCCUGUUCAAAGGGUAGAGAAAGUGGUCAGUACCCGAAGGAAGACGCCGGUCAUCAGCUCACAGUACCUCUUGUCCCGUACGACACUCCGGUCCAAGGUUUGGCUGGCAUUUUGGAGUCUUGUGGGGAAGGACGCCAAAUGGUUUCAACUUCUCGGCAACAUUCACACGUUGCUGAGAAGAUAAUUACGUACUCCAGGCUGUUGGGGGCAGGUUCAUCGGAUAAUCUUGAGAAGAGGAAGGUCCUCGCCACACCUCCAUUGCGACUAGAAGUACCUGCUGUGACUGCUGGCACUUCACACUCGCGGCAGACAAAUCUUCAAGUCGUCGACCAACGGUCUGAGGAGCAAACGGAAACGGAGGAGGAUGUUGGGUUCCACGGACGGAAGUUUGGGUCCUUCGAGGACUCACUACACGGGGGCGGCGGAGGAGACAGCAAAGGGAACGUGGAACUCGAAGAACGUUCCGGUUACAGUGAUCAACGUGAAAACGAUUGUUCGGAUGAGGAACAGGAUACGGAACACGGCAGCAGCGGCCAGCGCCAAGAGGGAUGUUUUGUAGGUGGCAGUUUAAGUGCAUUAUCAGGUGGCAUGGAAAGUGAAAUAGGUGCGUCGAGUGGUGGGCCACAUAAUGACAGGGAACAAAAUGACCGAAUGCAAACUAAGGAAAUGGACGACGAUGGAGGGGACGGCGAUGUAGCAACGGGUGGAGCUUCAAAGAGUUGGGGUAAACGGAAAGCAGAUGCAUCCCUUACACCCAUGGCUAAGAAGAAACAAGCCAGAAAAGUAGUAACUGUUGUGGAUGAUGCUCGAUGUGCCUUUGAUGCAUCACAGGAAACGGUUGGCGAAGUCGCGAAGAAACGCAAAGAAGGCAGCCGUAUUCGCAAAACAUCGCAACCUAAGAGGGUUGCACGCUCAUCAAGGCGCCCCAAGUCAGAUGAUUCAAGCGGCGACGCCGAAGGGGUGGACCCUCGUCGGUCUGACCUCUUUGCCGAGGACGAAACGGAAACGAAGAGGCCCCGUGCGGUCGACAUGACAUGAUGCUUCUUUCUCGAGUACGAUGAAGACGGCAGGAAAACAAAAUAUGUGCCAAGGG